AUGGCCGAGCUUGUCGGCAUAAGUGAGACACAUGAGCGUUUACGUGCAGGAAAGUCUUCUAUCGGAUUGCAAACAUAUCUGGAACCAACAAAGCUAUUGAAGGAUGUUAAUUUAGGCAUACAGAAAGAUUUACUGCUUUUUAAGGAUAUUCAAAUUCAAACAGAUGGUUUCUAUACAAAGAAGACAAACAACGGAGAAACGUUUAUUUUAACAUAUUCCGUUGCGCAAAUGACUGACUAUGUAAAAGCUUCCAAUGAAGCUACUCAAACUCUACUUCCAAGGAUUCCUGGAGAUAUCUUUUUGAAUACAUAUUUGGCUAAUUAUGGAAAAGUAAAUGAAUUAAAGAACGGAGAUGUUAUAGAAAAAWAUGUAGUUAGUGCAGAUUACCCGAAAGUAAAUAAAAAGUUGCAUUAUAAAUCUGAUGACUCGAUGGGUCCUGGACUGGAGAAAAGCGUUUCUAAUAAUGAAAUAGAUACUAAGGAAUUGCGGAAAAGUAGAUUUAGGCCAAAUCUUCAACAACCCACUCUUUUAUCAUGGAAUUUUGAAUAUGGGGACUUGGCUGCUGAUAAUAACUCGCAAAAAUUUGUGCCGUAUGCUAUUCAAGCAAAUCAUUCACAGCGGAGUUUUAUUUCCCCGCAACAAGAAAGUAGCAUUUAUCACGGUGAUAGCCGUUAUUAUAUUGGAAAAGAUUGCGAAUUGUUUUUGCUUUCCAUUGACGAACUUUUACAAGAAAUUAAUAGAUUGGUGGACAUAAUUGAUGAUAAUACAUCUGCAAAUAAAUACUACAAUAAAGGCACAACAGAAUCGGUCCACUUUAAACAUAAACCGUUAUUUAUACCGUCCGAAAAAUGGUUACCAAUCAUUAUCAAGGAACAAAAGCAGUUGGAAGAUAUGACGAAAGAAAUUAAUAUAUGAAAGCUGCAUAUCCAAAAGCUUA